CCCAUGACGGUGGGAAAGCCGAUAGUUUUGACUAAUAAAUUGACCAUCUGUCGACUGACCUUCUUGGAUUGAAGUCACCUUUCCGGGAAUAUCCUCAUCCAAAAUCAUUCGGGGAUUUCAUAUUUGGAUCAAUAUGGUUUGUUAAUAUUUAUAUCAUAGAGCAAAGCUGACAUUUUGAUUCUGACUUCCUUGUCCCACUCCAGCAUAUAAAGGUAGUUCCAGCCAGUGCACGUUGCAGUAUCUAAAACGAGAGGAGCUUCCGAAUGUAACUGCUCUGAACGGUAUACACUCUCCAUACAAGGGUAAUUCUGAAGAUUCGUUCAAAUUACUUCAUAGCAACCACCUCCAGGACGUUCUCCAACACAACUCUCAAAGGCGACACGACUGGGUAAAACGAUGGACAGUGACGGGCAGAACAUCUCUAGGAAUGAUACAUGGGUGUGGAAACCUUUUGAAUGGGAGUGGUGGAUAUGUAUCCAGUUGGUGCUAGCCAUCGUCGGUAUCCUAGGAAACUUACUGGUGAUGCUCGUGAUCUUUUGGCCAGGACGUCGACGCUGUGCCACCGACAUCUUGAUCGGUGCUUUAGCCGUGGCCGAUUUCCUAACAUCAAUCUUCAUCAUACCACAUUCAAAAGUGAAGAUGUACCCUGACACCAAUGCAGCUAGGUUUUACUGCAAGAUUGUCCACACUUCCACCUUGAUGUGGAUAUCCGUUUGCGCAUCCAUCUUUACCCUGACAACCAUAUCGAUCGAGAGGUUAGUGGCUGUACGAUUUCCAAUCUGGUUCCAGCGUCUCUUCUCUCCAAAGCGUACCUCUAUCGCCAUUGUCUGUAUCUGGAUUGCAGCCUUUGGCAUCAACACCCGAAGUCUCUAUGCUCGUUACAUAUCAGAUGGUAAAUGUGUGCUCUCCACACCGUCUAUGGCAUUCAACCGAUUUAUCGGAGUCUCUCUAUUCCUUGUGGAGUAUGUCCUACCGGUUAUUGUCAUGGUGGUAGCGCACGUGUGGACCAUUUAUAUUCUUCGUCAGCGUCGUUCAUCAUCGCUCCGCAAGGCGCAGAGCCUUGUUCUUCAAAUGCUCCUCAUCGUCGUCAUCACUUUCAUUAUCUGCUGGACACCUGAUCAGUUUGGGUUCUUGGUCUUCAACCUCGGCAUCGUCCCGUUCACCCACCUCUUCAGUCCUCUCUACCGAUGCUUCGUCAUCCUUGCCUUCGCGAAUUCCUGCGUGAACCCUUUCAUUUACGCCGCCGGGAUGCCUAAGUUUAGGAGAGCUCUCAUGGAUCUGUUUAUGAGAAAGAGUAUCCGAGGCAGUCGUGGAAUCCAUUCACUCUUUGCUGGUGAAGGGGGAGGAGGUACGUCUGAAAAGAGUUAUACACCAACAAAAGCAACGGAAUCAUUCGAGGUUUAAAUACUCUUUCACGGAUGACGCAAUAAAAUAUGGAGAGCCAUAUACGCCAGAUCACGCAUCAUGACGGGCGCUUUGACCAUAAUGGCCGCCCAUGCUUUACUGCGUCGAUAACAAUUAAGUGGGGUGAGGAAAAUAAUCUUUGUUUAACUAAGACUUGUACUCACUUAUCUUUUUGUUAUUAAGUACAACAGUGUAAAGCAUAUUUUUUGAUUGGUCAUUAUUACAUAUCAUCAUUAUAAAUGCAAGUCAGCAGACGUGUGUAUAUGGGUCAUAUUACUUUGUCUGACAUUUACGUUUUGACAAAUUUAUGAAUGUUUUAUUUUACAAUGUUUGCAUUCUGUGAUAAUUACACAAGUUGUACAAAGUCCAUUUUAUGUUAUAAUUGACGGUAAUGUCCCGUCGAAAAAGAAACAUGGCAUUUGCAUCAGAUCAACAAUUUUAAAAAUAAUUUUUUUCUAAUCAUCCGACUCAUUGGAUUUUUAAAAACUAUGUCUAUAUAUUGAUGCUUUAAGACCGUAUUACAUUGAGUGAAUCUUUUAUUCUCUUCUUCUUCAAGUUUGUAGACCCUCCGACAGGCCAUUUUGAUUGAAAAUCAAUCACUGAAUAACAUAUUUGAAUACAUGAACCAAUGAAUAUCAUAUGAUACUUCAGAAUAAGAUAUACAUAAUGAAUAUCAACCAUAAUAAACGAUGACUGAAAGCGUUGCAUAUUGAUUAUAACAAUUUGAAAAUGAUAAAACUGUAUAUACAGAACAUAGAUAUUUGUUUUAAAAACACAAUAAUGCAACAUCAUGACUGAAAAUGAUGAGGGAAAUUCAAUAAAAUAAUGCUAUUUGAAUCAAUUUUUUUUUGGUAAUACUCUUGGAAAUAUUACUUUAACCUGAUAUCAAUAACUUCAUCACCAUGUGCUUAAGAGAUAUAUAAGAAAUUAUAUCAGUAUAUGCUAUUUAUCAUUAAAAUAUAUUUAGUUUGUUUAGUUUUAUGUAUUUGAAGGUUAUUUGAUAUGUACAUAUAUAUGUAUUUACAUUUCAUAAUUUGUUGUAUUUUAUUGUAACACGGUCCCAUUGUAAAUGAGUCGGGCAACAGAGCUGAGUUUAUCGCACUUGAACAUAUAAGUGUAGUGAAAUAAGAUAUGAUUGUGGAAACGCUAUAGCAAGAGAGAAUAUCAUGUUCACUCCAUCAUAUAAGAACUCUUGUGAGUAAUGUGCCGCGGGAUUCCAUAUCCUUAAACUGCUGGCGAACAGAGCAACAAGACCAAGCUCUGUAAUUAUUAGGAUCUCUGUCCAGUAGUGCCGUGUUUGUGCC